UUUGAACGGUUACAAUACAGAUGUUAAAGAAUUGAAACCUUGUUCCGGAAACCGUUUGGAUGCAAUAAAACCAGGUCGAUUCAUGAAUGUGGAAAAGUAUGAUAUCUCAUUCAAAGAAGUUGGGGUUUUGACAUCGACCGAUUUAAAAUUUGCAUCGUUGAAAAAAUUAGACGCAAGUAAUAACAAAUUAACGAGUAUUUCGGGGUCGAUUUUCUUUCAUGCGACGCGGUUAGAGGAAAUAGAUUUCAAUAACAACAAAAUAGGCAGUUUGAAUAGAAAUGAUUUCAGUGGAGCAUCCAAAUUAUCAACAAUUAAACUCGUCAAUAAUAAAAUAUCCAACAUAGACAAAGGAACAUUUUCCGAUCUGAGCCAGUUGGCUUUUUUGGAUCUGAGCGACAAUUCCAUUGAAAAAAUCGACGAAAACAUGUUUAAAAACAACAAAAAUCUGCAAACACUGUAUUUGAACGGCAAUCCAAUUCAACGUAUUGAUAACAAUAUCUUCAUACCAUUGUCCAAUUCAGCUUCAGUAAUAGUAUCUUGUGAUCAUGUUAAAGAGUUUGACUCCAGCCAUUUCACAAGCAGUAUAACGUUUAAUUAUGAUCACAUAAAAGUGUCUAUAGGUGAUUGUCGGAUUGAUUACAAGAAUUUGAAGUACUUGAAUAUUUCCGGCAACCAACUUCAGAACACGUUGGAAGUAAUUAAGCAUUUUGGAUCGUCAAUGGAAACGUUGGACGCAUCUUCAAAUUUUAUCGGAAAAUUAACAGCGGAAACAUUCAAGGAUUUGGUCAAUUUGAACUAUUUAAACCUACAGAAUACCAAUACAACUACCAUUGAUGCCGAUACAUUCAAUCCGUUGCUGUUCCCAGAAAGUGAUCGAAAAUUGCAAGUUUUACUCUUAAGCGACAAUCCAAUCAAACGACUCGAUUCAAAUGUUUUUCUGCCCAUGAUGAAUUCGGUCAAAGUCGAGGUCAAAGUGUCUUGUGAAUAUGUCGAGGAGAUAGAUACAAGUUACAUCAAAAAUUUACUAAAUAUUGACGUCAAUGCAGCGGAUAAAAUCGUUUUUACUAUCAAAAACGCCGCAUUUGAAUUGAUUUGUACCGCUGAAAGAUUCAAACAAUUAACUCAUUUCAACAUAUCUGGCAAUCAACUUGAAAAUGGACAGAAAAUUAUUGAAUGGAUAGAAAAUUCAACUGAAGUGGGAACAGAAACUUCCAACUGUCGACUUUCAAUAAUCGACUUUUCCAAUAACAACAUCGCAGAUUUAAAUGAGGGAAUAUUCAACCGUACACCUGAUCUAAUUGAAAUCAACUUCUCGCGCAACCUCAUCAAUGAGCUCCCACAAAAUAUUUUUGAAGGAGCAUCAAAGCUGUCGACAAUCAAUUUUUCCAAAAACAACAUUACCAUUCUGCAAGAAGAUUUAUUUUUUCAUACUCCAGAUUUAAUCGAAAUCGAUUUUUCGUACAACAAAUUCACUGCGCUUCGUCAGAAUGACUUCGAUGGAGCAGCAAAUUUGACCAAAAUCAACCUUUCGCACAACAAUAUAUCCAUCAUCGAAACGGGAAUAUUCACAAAU